CCAUCUUUUGCUCUGCGACCCCCUGAGGAUCAAAGCGAAUGCGGAACAUUAGGGAUUGCAACUUUCAAAGUCGCCAUGGCUUUUGAACCUCUAAUUCCCUAGAACCUGAAUGUAGGAAUUUUACACUCGUGAGUUGUAGAGAAAUAAGUUUUCUCUUGGUGAUGCUAGAUUUUGGUGAAACGGAUUCAACAUACUUGGAACAAGCAGCCCUGUUCCAAUUGGGAUCCUUUACAAUUUGACUAUUCUUUUCUAGAAGAGUCUUAAUGACGGUUGACCUGCAGAUGUAGCUAUAUUUGUGCUAACCGUGGAAUUUUCUGUAGGGUGAAAGUAUUUUUUACACUCUCAAACACAAACUUAUUUGAAGUAGUGUGACCAAUUGCUAACUAUUCCUCAUACAAGAUAAAGCAGCAUCAGUUACUGAAAUAUUGAUGCAGGGUCAUAAUUGAAUUGACACUUGGCAGCCGAAUGAAUGAUGAAAUGGCAUCCAUAGAGCAACUUUCAAAGUCGCCACGGCUUUUGAACCUCUAAUUCCCUAGAACCUGAAUGUAGGAAUUUUACACUUGUGAGUUGUAGAGAAAUAAGUUUUCUCUUGGUGAUGCUUGAUUUUGGUGAAACGGAUUCAACAUACUUGGAACAAGCAGCCCUGUUCCAAUUGGGAUCCAUCCUUUACAAUUUGGUCAGUGGAACAAUCUUGUUCAAAGGCUCUCCUUUUCGUUGCAUUAUUGUGUCUUCUAAUGUCUUAUCUUUUCUUUGUAGACUUUUCUCUUCUAGAAGAGUCUUAAUGACGGUUGACCUGCAGAUGUAGCUAUAUUUGUGCUAACCGUGGAAUUUUCUGUAGGGUGAAAGUAUUUUUUACACGCUCAAACACAAACUUAUUUAAAGUAAUGUGACCAAUUGCUAACUGUUCCUCAUGCAAGAUAAAGCAGCAUUAGUUGUUAUUGAAAUAUUGAUGCAGGGUCAUAAUUGAAUUGACACUUGGCAGCUGAAUGAAUGGUGAAAUGGCAUCCAUAGAGCAACUUAUUUAUCUGGAUCUCUUUUAAGUAUUAAUGGUGUUAUGGGCAUGUACUUAUGACCUGAAAUCUAAACUCUUUUAUGCGCAUGUAUUCAUUAGAUAGUCGUAGUUAAUAAAUAGAGGUAGACUUCGAUAUUUUCUAUUUAAACCCUAUGAAUGGAGGGAGCAGAAUGCAUUUUCACUUGAAAUUUUAUUUUUGCUAUUUUCCUUGCAGUGGUUGAGGGCUUCUAGCUGACUGUUUCCUUGCUGAGUGCUAGAUUAAUAGUGGACUGAGAAUCACUAACCGAGCUUGAAAUGCAAUCAAAAGAAGACUGUUCUACAGCAUUCAUUAAGACUUUAAAGUCUAUCUGUACCCACUUGGUAGAAGCUGAUAGCCAAUUGCAUUAGACUUUUAGUCGCUCUGUCCUUGCGCUGCAUUAUAUCGCAUAAAUUUCAACAUUCAAAAUGUGACUAUUUGACUUGUUAAUACCCUUGAUCUAGCCAAUCCAUCUAUUGCCCAGUUUUGGGGAGUAAAACAGAAGGACCCGGGUUGGUUAAUACCCUAUUUGUUCAGUAACAUUUUGCAUUGAGCAAUAGAAAGCACCGACGUUGAGCGAUAGGAAGGAUUGAAUCAAAUUACCCUGAUAAAUCUAUGCAAACUUUUUAAGGGUCACCCAUCAUUGGAUUAGCCUAGCUCAAAAAUAUUUAAUUUGAAAGUUCUUUAUCUACAUUCAAUCUAAAAGGUAUGCAGUUGGUGUUAUUUUCUUCAUUAUUAUCAUUGAUAUAUAUACUACUUUCUCUAGAGUCCCAUUUUAGACCUGACCUUGGGCUUUCGAAGUAUUACAUUCUCUCCCCUUGAGCAUAUGAUGUUCUCGUCAUGUGAUCUUACAAUUGGUUCUAAAUUUUCUUCUCUUUGGGGGCUGGCAUCCUAGAAGCCCGUCAGGAGCAACUCCUUGUUCAGACCCUUGUGCCCUGACACCACCCUCCGCUCUCAUCGGAUCACCUUCUCCAAAGGUCAACUCUGAUACCCCCUUUAAUAUCCCGCAUUGAGCGAUAGGAAGAACCGGAUCAACUUAUUCUAAUGGACUAACGCGAACUUCUCAGGGGUCAACCCAUUCUUGAACUAUCCUAGUUCAAGCAUAUUUAACCCGAAAAUUCUUUAUCCACGUUCAACUCAAAAAGUAUCUAUUUAAUAUUAUUUUCUUCUUUACUAUCUUCAAUAUAUAUACUAACUUUUCUAAAGUUACUUCUUAGAUAUGACUUUGAGCUAUUACAUGUUUGUUUCCUGUUUAAGCCCCCUUCAGAAUACUGUAUGUCAGAAGUGUUGGUCAGGUAGGGAAAGCCAUGAAAAUAGGUCAUGAAAGAUGGAAACACAAAUUUUCUUCGUGACUCCGGCCUACUACUGAACAGAAUCUAGUUAUAUACGGUUCCACAUGCUUCUGUACAUGGUAAUUGGUAAGUCCAAAAUUGUUCAAUUGACUCCAGCCUUUGACUUCCAUUUUCUGAUCGACUUUUAUGAUAUUCAGUCAGCAAUUAGCUGCUCUUUCUGAUCUCAAGGCCAGUUUAAGAAGCCACUCACAUUUAAAAAAGAGUCACAGGAAAUAGGAUAACUGAUAUUGGAAUGUUCUAAGAGUGCCGUGUGUUCUUUGUGUCAUGUUCUUCAACUUCUACCCCAAAAUAAUAUAUCCUGAAACAUGGGUCUUCAUUUCAUUUCUGUUUCUUUUCUUCAGACUUUGCACUUCCAUUGAUACCUUAACCUCAAGCCACCCCAUCAAAGAUGGGGACCUUUUGGUGUCAAGUGGGGAGAUCUUUGCACUUGGGUUUUUUAGCCCUGAAAAUUCCAGAUAUAGGUAUGUUGGGAUAUGGUACAAGAAGAUCUCGGUACAAACCAUAGUUUGGGUUGCAAAUAGGAACAAUCCAAUCGACGGUACAACUGGAGUGCUGUCCAUCAACAAAGAUGGAGAUCUCAUCAUCUACAAUCAGAACCAAAGUGUUCCAUUUUGGCAGACAAAUAUUUCAGCAGCAAUAACAGCAAGCAGCAGCUAUUCAGCUCAACUCCUUGAUUCUGGAAAUUUGGUGUUGUUUCGAGAUAAUAAUGGAAGUAGACUUGUUGCAUGGCAAAGUUUUGAAUAUCCAACACAUAUGAUGCUACCAAACAUGAAACUGGGGCUGGACCGCAAGACCGGUCAGGAGUGGUUCUUGACGUCUUGGAAGUCGCCAAAUGACCCUGGCACUGGGGAGUAUUCUUAUAGGAUAGAUCCAAAUGGCGUGCCCCAGUUAGUUGUGCUCAAGGGCUCAGCCUAUAGAUGGAAGUCCGGGCCAUGGAUCAAUAACAAAUGGAGUGGUAUACCACAGAUGUCACCUGACUUGAUAUACAAUGGCAGUUUUAUUGACAACAUUGAUGAGCUCUCUGCAACGUAUGGUGUUGUUGAUGCCUCGGUUGUGUCCAUAUUGUUCCUGGAUGACUCUGGUUUUUUACAGAGAAGCACCUGGCAUGAUGACAAUCAUAGAUGGGUACAGUUCUGGUCGGCCCCCAAAGAUCAGUGUGACUAUUAUGGCAGGUGUGGUGCAUAUGGUAAUUGCGAUCUAAACAAUGGGGUUGAUUUUGAGUGCACAUGCCUCCCGGGAUAUGAACCCAUGUCUCCACGUGACUGGUAUUUGCAAGAUGGGUCAGCUGGAUGCAAGAGGAAGCACAUGGUAGAUCACAUGUGUGGUGCUGGAGAAGGGUUUGUCAAGGUUGCAAAUGCAAAGGUUCCUGAUGUCUUGGAGGCACGAGUAGCAAUGAACUUGAACAUGGAAAAGUGCAAGAAAGCUUGUUUGGGAAACUGUUCUUGCUUGGCUUACACAAGUGGAGGCAGUGGCGAGUGUUUCACAUGGUAUGGGGAUUUGAUGGAUGUAAGGAAAUUCCCCUACUGGGGACUAGACUUGUAUAUACGUGCUGAUGCAAAUGAAUUAGCUGAACAAUCAAAGAAACCCCAGAAUUUGCAUGGGAAGAAGAUGGCAGCUGUGGUAACUUCUGUUAUUUUAAUGUCACUGCUGAGCAUUCGCUUACUAUGCUGGUUGGUGAAAAGAAGAAAAAAAGGAUCCAACAUUCAAACCAGCGAUAUUGAAAAUCUUGACUCGCCCAUAUUUGAUAUGGUGGAAAUUGAAGGGGCGACUAACAACUUUUCUGACACUAAUAGAAUUGGAGAAGGUGGUUUUGGGAUCGUUUACAAGGGUCUGCUGUCAACUGGAAAGGAGAUAGCUGUCAAACGGCUCUCAGUCAAUUCCAAACAAGGUCUUGAUGAAUUCAAAAACGAGGUUAUAUUGAUCACCAAACUUCAACACCGGAAUCUGGUAAGGCUUUUGGGAUGUUGCAUUAAUGGUGAAGAAAGGAUGUUAAUUUAUGAGUACAUGGCCAAUGGAAGCUUGGAUUCCUUCAUUUUUGGUCAUGAAAACACAAGAACUAAAUCCCUCACCUGGAGGCGACGUUUAAAUAUUAUUGUGGGGAUUGCUCAAGGACUUCUUUAUCUUCAUCAUGAUUCAAGAUUCAGAGUAAUUCAUAGAGAUCUCAAAGCCAGCAAUGUACUACUUGAUGGUGAUUUGAAUCCUAAGAUUUCUGAUUUUGGCCUGGCUAGGGCUUUUGGAGGAGAUCAAUCUUCUGCAAUAACAAGAAGAGUAGCUGGAACAUAUGGUUACAUGUCUCCAGAGUAUGCUAUAGAUGGCAUCUUUUCAAUGAAAUCAGAUGUCUUUAGCUUUGGAGUCAUGGUUUUGGAAAUACUGAGUGGUGAAAGGAACAGAAUGUUCUAUCAUCCCGACCAUGAUCUUAACCUUCUUGGACAUGCAUGGAAACUUUGGAUUGGAAGAAAGGCCUCUAAGCUAUUAGACCCUCGAGUUGAGGGCUCAGUUCCAAUGUCAGAGAUAUUAAGGUGCAUACAGGUUGGUCUUCUGUGUGUGCAAAAAUGCCCAAAAGACAGACCGGCCAUGUCAUCUGUGUUCUUAAUGUUGAUCACUGAGACUGCAGUCCUACCCCAGCCCAAGCAACCAGGGUUUUAUAUGGAGAGGAUUCCACAGGAGGCCCAUCAUCUGAUGGCUGAAAGAAUUUCCAGCAUCAAUGAGGUGACUGCGACACAAUUAGAGGCCCGCUAAAACAACUUGUUGUUCGUAGCUGAUACAUAAAUAAUUGAAGAGAGAAGCCUUACACUGCCUCUGUCGUGCCCUGUGUCUCCUUAAAAAUGAACUUAGGUAUCUUUUUCCCUUGCCCUUUCCGUCUUUGCUAUCUAUUACUGUUGAACAGAGAAAUCUCUACUGAAUAUUCUUAUGAACUUGGUACUUUUGCUUAGCAUUGCUUUACUGAUCAAAGCAACCGACAAGGAAUCAUGUAUAAACUAAAUUCUAGCAAUAACACUUCCCAACUUACAA